UAUGUAAUCGCAAAAAUUUAUGAAACAACUUUAAAAAAUAUGUUGUUGCCAUGGCAAUAACAAAUGUACGAAUAGAUGAAAAUGGCGAAUUUAGUUCAAAAGAAGAACUUAAAAUCGACUGAAAUUUCCUGUUAACAUGACCUUUUUGCCGUAAUGUCCGGGCUGCCAUUCAAUAAAGAAGUUAUAGCAGAGUCAGAAAAAUGUAGAAAUGAAUCAUUUGGUAUGAAUCAGAAUGAAGAAACGAAAACAACAAACGACCAACGAACAUCAAUAAAUGAUAUUGUUUUAAAGUCGACAAAUGAAGUGGUCAAGGCUCUGGAGAAAGAGUUAAAUGAAAGAAAGGAAAAGAUUGUUACUUCAUUCCAGCUUAUUGAACUAAAUAAUUCGACUAAAGCCGUAAGGAAAUCUGCUUUCAAAUCAAAUUUUGUUAUAUGGAAUCGUGCCGAAGAACACUUUUCCAAUGGAAGUAAUGAAAAAGACAAUGUAAAAUGUAUCUCAUCGUUAACAAAAGCAAUUUCUCUAAAGCCAAUGGAGUGUAAAUACUACAUCAAAAGAGGAGAAAAGUAUUUACAAAUAUGUGAUUUUCAAUCAGCCAUAUUAAACUAUAAAAAAGCGUGUAUUCUCGAUCCAGAUAAUGAUGAACAUUACUCCAAGUUAGCUUUGAUAUAUUACAUAAAAGGGCAAUGUCUAUUUGACUAUAAAAAUUAUGAAGAAGCAUUGAAGAGUUUUUCUCGAGCUGCAGAAAUGAAGCCAGAUGUUCUUAGUUAUCACACUCGAAGUGUUGCCUGUUUAGCUGCAUUACAAAGAUAUGAUGAUUGUUUGGCUCUUGUGAACAAAAGAUUAAAUAUUGAAAGUGAUAAUAGUGAUUUGUUAAUAAUGAGAUCAAGACUCCAUCAAUGCUUUGGCAAUGAUAGCUUUUGUUAUUACGAUCUCAUUGAAGCACUUCAGCUUGAUCCAGAACAUAAUGAAGGUAAAACAAUGUUGGCCAAUGUAAAAAACAAAGCUGAAGAAUUAAAACAGGAGGGCGUAAAGCUACAAAUCCUUGGCAACUUAAAGGAAGCUUUAAUAAAGUUUUCUAAUGCAGUCAAAACAAACCCUGAAUCUGUUGAAUAUCUUAUAUAUCGUGGAGCUGUGCAUCGACAGUUAUCUAAUUUCAACUCUGCUAUUGAUGACUACAUUCUUGCAAUGAGCAAAUCAGAUCAUGAUUCGAACAAACAAUUGUAUAAAGAUGCUAACAAGCAACUUUUACUCUGUUACAAUGACUUUGCCGUGGAGUGCUUCAGCAAAGGUUUUUAUGACGAAGCAAUAGUUUUGUUAAAUAAAGCCAUCAAAGAAGAAAAAAAUGAGAAAGGACUUUACAUCAAUCGAGGAGAUUGUUUCUUCCGAACGUUUGAGUUUAACUUUGCCCUCAACGAUUACAAUCAAGCUUUGGAACUCGAUCCAAAAGAUUCCUCCAUUAAAGUUCGUCUUUCUGUCGUGUACAACGAGCUGGGCUUGCUUAGUUACACGGACAAGAGAUAUGAUGAUGCAUAUCAAUAUUUUGACGUAGCUAUAGGUUAUAAUCCUAAAGUUGCCAUUUAUUAUACAUCAAGGGCUCGAGCUCGUUAUAUGUUGGAGGACUAUGAAGGUGCAAAAUAUGAUGUAACUUGUUGCCUGUCUUUGGAACCGAGCAAUCGCAGUGUCAUGUCGUUGUUUUCAAGACUUUUUCCUCAGAAAUCAGUUCAGGAUGUUUUAGAAUCGGCGAAUGGUAUCGAAGCAGCAGAGAUGGUACGAAAAGCAAUUAGUAGCAGCUUUCCUUCUUUGAUACCGAAUUAUUUGCUUCAAUUUAAAGGUAGCAAAGAUCUUUCAUUGAAGACAGUGUUGCCGCCUAUAAAUGAACAAAAACUAAAUACUUGUCUGACUGAGAAAGAUUUUUGCAUGAACAACAAUACUACGCUGCAGUCUUUAAGAAAAGUGAAGAAAACCUUUAUUGAUCGGAAAAGCUUACACCAUAAGGGUAAAAGAGUAUCCAAAAAUGGAAUGAACAAACAGCAAUCAAUUCAGCGGCAUCCUUUUGGGAAUGGUGAUGGUAUUGACAAACCAGUUGUUAAUCACAAGACGAGUUUUAAGAUUGGAACGAAGCAAAUUGCAUUUAUGAAGGCAUGACAAAAAAAAUAUAAGAUUAUAUAUUUUUCUAAUUGAGAAGUAUGUUUGUUUUAUUGUUUGGUCAUAGUCAGAUUAGUUUGCAUCCACUUACAACUUUCCGUUUAAAAACGAACAUUGUUAUUUUGCACAAUUCCGGGAGUUUUUUUACGGUGCAGUAGAAAAACGAAUGUUUUAAAAAAAUUUUAAACUUUCUCUAUAAACUAUGCAUCAAUUUACAUUUAAUGUAGAACAUUUUAAUUAUAAAUAGAACAUUUUUUAUAUUUUAUACGUCCAUAA